UGUGUGUGUGUGAGAGAGAGAGAGAGAGAGAGAGAGAGAGAGAGAGAGAGAGAGAGAGAGAGAGAUACCCUGAGAGUGAGAAGCAAACAAGAAAUGAAGCGGAAGAAAGACAGAAGAGACUAAUUAAAAGGAGGAAAAAUGACAGAGGAAAACAGAGAAGGGGAGGGCUGAUCAGUGCUGGGAAGGAGGGUGAGAGCGUGAGGAGGGUAAAAGAGAAGAAGAGCCAAACUGGCAAUUCUGCCAAAUUGCCUGACUUUGCCUUUGGAGAGAGAGAGAGAGAGAGAGAGAGAGAGAGAGAGAGAGAGAGAGAGAGAGAGAGAGAGAGAGAGAGAGAGAGAGAGAGAGAGAGGGAGACUGAAACUGGUGCCUUUGUACAAAAGGGAUCAAGAGAAUGUAAUUUGGCAAGUGCCGGAGCAUAGAGGUCUAUUGAAGAAGAAGACAAAUGAGGACCAAGCUGAAAGAGCAAGAGAACACUAAUAAAGAGUCCCCAAACAUAGACAUUUUAUUGUGAGAGGGAAAAGGCAGAGACAGAGGAGAGAGAGAGUGAGAGAGAGAGAGAGAGAGAGAGAGAGAGAGAGAGAGAGAGAGAGAGAGAGAGAGAGAGAGAGAGAGAGAGAGAGAGGCGUGUUGCUGCCCCGGACUGUCUGAUUUACUUUCAGUUAUUUGUGGAGGGCAGAAGAUCUGCUAAAAUUCCAACCGAGGAUCAAGUGCUGUUCUGGUUCUUCAACUCUACACAGUUCACCUGGUCAGAAGAGAAGAGCUCCUGAACCAUGAAGAGACCUCAUGAUUACAGCUCUCCAGAUUCAGAUGCAGACGAGCUGAUCGACGUUGGGCAGGAGGACAGUUACUGUUCUGUCACUGGGUCCAUGUCUCCCGGCAGCACUUCACAGAUCCUAGCCCGCAAGAAGAGAAGAGGGAUCAUUGAGAAGAGGCGCAGAGACAGGAUCAACCAUAGUCUGUCAGAGCUCAGGAGACUCGUCCCCAGCGCCUUUGAGAAACAGGGGUCAUCUAAACUUGAAAAGGCUGAGAUUCUUCAGAUGACAGUGGAUCAUCUCAAAUUGUUGCAUGCCAUGGGUUCGAAAGGUUAUUUUGAUGCUCGUGCCUUGGCAGUAGACUAUAGAACGUUGGGAUUUCGUGAGUGUGUGGGUGAGGUGGUGAGGUACCUCAGCUCUCUGGAUGGUGCAGAUUCUUCAGAUCCUAUUGGUGCCCGUUUGGUGUCCCACCUGAGUCAGUGUGCCAGUGAGCUUGACCCUCUGCAUCAGAGCCCAGCCACGCUGGCCUUUCCUCCUUGGCCUUGGGGCUCCUUUCCUCAGCUCAGUGCCUCCUCAAGCCCAGCCUCUCCUUCCACCUUUCCUCCUGCCAACCGCCGAGACAUGGCCACUCAUGCUGCUGCAACUCUCCUGGCGUACCCCUCACCAACCGUGUGUUUGGCACCGCUGGGAAACCAGGGGGCCCUUUUAAGUCCUGCAUUAUCUCCAGUGCACAGGAUGUCCUCUGUUUCAUCGCACCCUCAUAGACUGGCAAUGCCAUCCACAGAGAGCUCGACUGUUCCUUCACCUUUGCAUUCUAUCCCACCUCGUUCUCAUAACUCCUCCUCCCCCUCCUCUAAUUCCUCUUCAUCCUCCCCUUCCUCUUCAUCCGCUGGUCAUCCUCAGGUUUCUUUCAGACCCUUCGUUGCUCUGAGGUCUCCAGCCGAACUGAUAAGGAUCAGCAAGUCAGCGCACACUUGGGGAACAGAGAUCGGGGCCUUCUGAUUCAUCCAACUUAGUGGACUUUUUACAAAUAUGCAACUAAUACCUUGUUGGGACAAGGAAGCUAUGAUAUCACCAGUAAUAUCCAUUUUGAUUAUAGCCAUUACAAACUGUUAAGAAUGUAUCAUCUAAGCACUCCCUAUGCUGUUACCUAAAAAUGCAAAAUCCAAAUAGUGUCAAGUGAACAAUGCAAAUAGUGAUACAUCCGAUUUGAAAUGCAAUUAUACCUAUUAUUUAAAUCAAAAGAGGUUUUAACGCAAUGCUUUAUCAUCAUAACAGAAAAGUGUGACUGGUGAAAAGUUACAGGUGAUAAAAAUGUGCCUUUCUCAAUAUAAACACAAAACAAUAUCAACACUAAUUCCAUUAUCCCUACUAAUGUAUUUUCCUGUUUGUUUGCUUAUUCGUUUCCUCAGACACUUAAAAUAUGUUUAUUCAGAUUCAUCUAUGUUAUCCAUUUGACAUGAAAUUGCUUGUGGAGAUUUCAUAAAGACAAAAGUGCCUUUUCAAA